CUUCAUCUUCCUCAACUAAUUCAUUCUCAAGAAAGCCCACAAAUAAACGAUUGGGGAAGAUGAUGACUAAUCGUACAUUCAUUUUCGGAAAAUCCGUUUUCAUUAUUUGCAUUUUCAUGUUCGUUUCAUUGCUUUCUCUUGAGGUCAAGGCAGACACCAAGAAGUAUCAGUUUAAUGUCGAAGUGAAGAACGUUAGCAGAUUGUGCCAUGCAAAACCGAUUGUAACUGUAAAUGGGAGAUUUCCAGGUCCAACAGUUUAUGCCCGAGAAGGAGAUAGAGUUCUUAUCAACGUUUCAAACCAUGCCCAAUACAAUAUGUCCAUUCAUUGGCAUGGCUUAAAACAAUAUGCCAACGGGUGGGCAGAUGGACCGGCAUACAUCACACAAUGCCCAAUCCAGACUGGGAAUAGCUACGUUUAUGACUUCAACAUUACAGGCCAAAGAGGGACACUAUGGUGGCAUGCACAUAUUCUAUGGCUCAGAGCAACUGUAUAUGGUGCUAUUGUAAUUUUACCAAAACAAUCGGUGCCAUUUCCAUUCCCACGACCCGAUGCAGAACAAGUCAUUGUGUUUGGUGAAUGGUGGCAUGCAGAUGUCGAAGAGGUUGUGAAGCAAGGCAAUGCUUUAGGAUUGCCACCAAAUAUGUCUGAUGCGCACACGAUCAACGGAAAACCAGGCCCACUUUUUCCUUGUUCCGAGAAACAUACAUUUGCUAUGGAAGUCGAGCAAGGAAAGAAAUACCUCUUGAGAAUAGUCAACGCCGCACUCAACGACGAACUAUUUUUUGCAAUCGCCGGCCACAACAUGACGGUGGUGGAGAUCGAUGCAGUUUACACAAAACCAUUCACCACAAAUGCUUUAUUGAUUGCUCCGGGCCAAACAACAAAUGUGAUCGUCUCCGCCAGCCAGACUCCUGGCCGCUACUUUAUGGCGGUGCGACCAUUCCAAGAUGUUCCAAUUCCGGUUGACAACAAAACCGCCACCGCAAUUUUCCAAUAUAAAAACAUUCCGACCACCGUCAUCCCUACACUCCCUGUUCUACCAUUACCUAACAACACCAACUUUGCUUUAAGUUAUAACCAAAAGCUCCGGAGCUUAAACACCCCUAACUUUCCGGCGAAUGUGCCGUUGAAAGUUGAUCGGAACUUGUUUUUCACCAUCGGGCUUGGGAAGAGUGAUUGUGCUACGUGCCUCAAUGGUACUCGACUUUCUGCAUCGUUGAACAACAUAACAUUUGUGAUGCCGGAAACUGGACUUCUUCAGGCUCAUUACUUUAACAUGAAAGGAGUGUUUAAAACCGAUUUCCCCGAUAAGCCUCCGACGACUUUUAACUACACCGGUGCUCCCCUUACUGCUAAUCUUUUCACUUCUAAGGGAACACGGUUGAGCAAAAUUGUGUUUAAUUCCACCGUUGAAUUGGUCAUACAAGACACCAAUUUGUUAAGCGUUGAAUCGCAUCCUUUUCAUCUUCAUGGGUUUAAUUUCUUUGUCGUUGGAACUGGCAUUGGCAACUUCGAUCCAUCAAAGGAUCCGGCCAAGUAUAACUUGGUUGAUCCACCGGAGAGGAACACCGUUGGUGUACCCACCGGUGGUUGGGUUGCCAUUCGAUUUCGAGCUGAUAAUCCAGGUGUUUGGUUCUUUCACUGUCACUUGGAGUUGCACACCGGAUGGGGAUUGAAGACGGCGUUUGUGGUGGAAGAUGGGCCUGGAAAAGAUCAGGUGGUUCGUCCUCCGCCAAAGGAUCUUCCAUCAUGCUAACCAAUAAGUGUAUAAUAUUUUCCAAAGAAGUGUGUAUAAGUGUUAAAGCGUCAAAAUUGGAGGUUGCAAUUCUUUUGAGAGUUGACAAAGAAUGAAACUGAAAAAAACUAACAAGAGGAUUUCAUUUCAUACUUUGUUGUGUUUAUUUUCAAUUAGCAAAAAUUAUUUGAUUUUUUAAGUUGACACGUGACGUGACAC